AUGUUCCUAAAUUUCCUUAUUCAAUGCAUCCUUUUUUGUAUUUUUCAGAAUUCUUUCUUUGUCACUUCAGCCACGUGUAAGUCUAAUGAAUAUUGCCCACAAAAUUGGGAAAUUUUGAGAAGAAAUGAUCAAUCAGCUUAUACAUGUGAUCCGAUGAACGGAGAGGUUAAAUGUCCAAAGCCAUACAAAUGUGUUCAUUCAAAGUGUGGAAUCGCUUUUUGUUGUGCACAUUUGGCAGCUUUGGAGAAUUGGCGACGAGAAAAGGAGAUUGAAGAAGAGAUUUUGAAAGGAGAAAAUGAUGGCGAUGAUGGGGAAUUG